GGGGCUGCUCUGGACCAGGUGCCUGCUGAAGUCUCACAUGGCCACAGACACUGUCUGGUGUCCGAAGUGCUCGCACCGUAGUUCGCUCCCGGUAUUUGUAUAAAAUGUGGAAAAGGUGUGUAUGGAGCGAGCCAGGCUUGCCAAGCAAUGGGUAACCUCUAUCAUACCAACUGCUUCACGUGCUGCUCUUGUGGGAGAAGACUACGAGGGAAAGCAUUCUACAAUGUCAAUGGCAAGGUGUACUGUGAAGAAGACUUCCUAUAUUCAGGUUUUCAGCAAACAGCAGACAAGUGCUUUGUUUGUGGACACCUCAUAAUGGAAAUGAUCUUACAGGCCCUUGGAAAAUCCUACCAUCCUGGCUGCUUCCGCUGUGUGGUGUGUAACGAGUGUUUGGAUGGAGUCCCCUUCACUGUAGAUGUGGAAAACAAUAUUUACUGUGUCAAAGACUACCAUACGGUUUUUGCACCAAAAUGUGCUUCCUGUAACCAGCCGAUCCUCCCAGCACAGGGCUCCGAGGAGACCAUCCGGGUGGUGUCGAUGGACAAGGACUACCACGUGGAGUGCUACCACUGCGAGGACUGUGGCUUGCAGCUCAAUGAUGAAGAAGGCCAUCGUUGUUAUCCCCUAGAGGGCCACUUGCUCUGCCACAGCUGUCAUAUCAGGCGCCUUAACAUCAAACUGCCAUCACAUCCACCUCCGAGCUACCCCAUGCAUGUCACAGAACUCUGAAAGACAUUUCCAUGAUCAAUAAGCUGUUGGAAAGAGAAGACAAAAGUUUAAAAAUUACUUUCAUGUUCCUUUAAAGAUGAGGUUCCAGUGAUAACCAUCUAAACCAUCUAUUUAUUUUUUAAAUCAGAGGUGAGGGGGUCCUUUUCUGAUCUUGUACAUAUGUUCUUUUAUCUAGACAUUUUCACCAAGACACUGUCUACUUGAACAAAUAAUUCACCACUAAACUGUAACUGUAAAUGGCAGCAUUUCUGAAAAUAAUGGUACAAAGGGCUGUUCUGGACUCCCUACUUGCUUCCUUCAGUGGAGAUUUCACCCAAGUAAGGAGUAGAAUUACUUUCCAAAAGUUAGCACCUUAUCAUAUUGCAGCAAGCAUGAUAAGAUAAAUGCUUGCAUUUUAGCUAGUUUUGUUGAAUUCUGGUCUUAGAGAAUACUUAGAUUCCAGAAGUAGGGAAUAGGCAGCAAGCAGGUGUUUAAGCCAGGGCAGUUUUCAGCAAGGUAAGAAGGGUGUUCUGUGUUCUGUGAAGAAGUGUCAGGCCAGCUCUCCAUCCUGCAGGGUCCCACAGUCAUCCAAAGACUAAUUAUUCAGCUUGCUCAAGAAAUAUGGCAAGGAUUUGAUGUAAAACCCAUGGUACAGAGGAUUGUAUCCAAAAGAUUGGCACGUGCAGGGUAAGUAGUUGCAGCCGUCUGUAAUUGCUGGCUGUGUAGCCAUGGCUUCAAAAUGCAUUCCUAUCAACUGGACCAUUUGGCACUUACUAAAGAAUUCAUCUUUCAAACCUGUUUUUUGUUCAAUAGGGUUCUAUGCAAAGGUACACUUGUCUUUAUACUGCUUGUUUUAUCCAAGACUUCAUUUGUUACCAACUGCUUCAUGAUUGUAUGUUGAGACAUUAUUAAAGAGAGGCCCAGUGGUUUGGUAUUACCUUUUCAGCUUUGUGUUCUUUUCGAGAUUACUUUUGAACUGAUUAUGGUGAUUGUCUUCACUGGAAAACAAAGUGCAGUAUGGCAGGAAUAGUCAUUUAGAGAGUCAGACCACAACACAUCGGUGUUUACAACAAGUAUUAGCUGUACACAGAAUGUACACACUUUCAUGUUUUGCAUAAGCUUUUACAGUACCCUCAGAGCUCUGGGGAGAGAUAUAUGUCUUCCAUAUAGGAAGUUAGAUGAAUCUUUUUUUAUGGUUUGUUUUCUACCACGUGCUGAUAUUUUACAUACAAAUCACACCAUCUGUAUGUCAAAAAAAUUCCUUGCAUUCUCAUGAGAAUUGACCCAGCCUUCCUGAAGCUGCAAUUUAUCAUUGCUGUCUUUAACUGUAUUCAAAGUUACAAUAAAAUAAAAUUCUUCAGCUCCAGAGGAAGCAGAAAUACCAGACCAGGUUCUUGGCAUGUGUAAAUUGGGACAUUUCCAUGCCAGUUCUCCACACUUGAGAAUCUGCCCGAUCGGUUCGGAAAUGAUCCUGUGUUAAAUUCAGCAUGCAGACUGAUGGAAUGACUUAUUUGGCAACACCAUUGCAGUUUAGUUUCUUAUGCUCCAUUGACUUUUUGAAAGCCAUUUGUGGUGCUCUUGAAAAGCACAAAGAGCAUCCAAUGGCCA